AUGUCGUUGCCAAGAAUGUCAAAGACUCAUCAAAACCUCUGGAAAUCAAUAAACCCCAAAAACCCAACAGCCUUCUCUUCACUCAUCUCCACCAAAACCCACACCCCCUCAUCAAACCCCAUUUCCACCAAAACCCACGCCGACCCAUUUCUUCCUAACCCAGACGUCGGCCACGUCGCCGACGGCCUCAUCUCCAUCUUCACCAACCAACCUUUCUCCCCAGACAACCCAAAUUUGAAGCAUUUUGCUUCAAGAAUCACCCCAAAAGCAGUCGAAUGUGUCCUCAAUGGCCUCAAGAGCUGGAAAGUAGCACACUUGUUCUUCACAUGGGCAUCCAACCAAUCUGGGUACACCCACAAUUGCUACACUUACAAUGCCAUGGCUUCACACCUAUCACGUGCUCGACAAAAUGCCCCAAUGAAGGCCUUGGCCAUGGAGCUUGUGGGUUCCAAUUGUUAUAUGACCCCUGGCGCUCUGGGGUUCUUUCUAAGAUGCUUGGGGAGUGUGGCGUUGGUUGAAGAAGCCAACAUUUUGUUUGAUGAGAUUUGUAAAAAGGGUCUUUGUGUUCCUAAUGGAUAUAGCUAUAACUGUUUGUUGGAGGCUGUGUCUAAGUCAGGUUCGAUUGAAUUGGUAGAGAAGAGAAUGAAGGAAAUGAGGGAUGCUGGUUGGGAUUUCGAUAGGUACACGUUGACUGCGGCGUUAAAGGUUUAUUGCAAUGCAGGGAAGUUCGAAAAGGCUAUGGAGGUUUAUGAUGAAAUGCAUGAGAAGGGCUGGGUUGAUGCUCAUGCUAUGUGCAUUUUGGUGUUGUAUUUGUGCAAGUGGGGUGAGGUUGACAAGGCUUUUGAUUUGAUUGAAAGAAUGGAGCAUCAGAAUCUUGGGUUGAAUGAGAAGACAUUUCGUGUUUUGAUUCAUGGGUUUGUGAAGGAGUCCAGAGUGGAUAAGGCUCUUCAUUUGUUUGAUAAGAUGCAGAAGACAGGUUUCUCUGUUGAUGUUUCUCUUUAUGAUGUACUGAUUGGAGGGCUCUGUGAGAAUAGAGAGAUUGAGAAAGCCUUGUCUAUGUAUUCGGAAAUGAAGGAUUUGGGAAUCCAGUCUGAUGUUAGAAUCCUUAGGAAGCUCAUAUUAGCUUUUUCGGAUGAAAGGGAAAUGAUACGGAUGCUUGAGGAAAGUCGGGAAGAUUUGAAUGAAGAGGGUAUGCUUAUGCUUUGCAGUUCUGUGCUGAAUGGUCUGGUUGAUAACGGCUCCGUUGACAGAGCUUAUCAACUGCUUCAGGCAAUGAUGAAAAACGAAUCUGAUGUUGAUCCAGCAGUAAAGAAAAAGGUUCGUCCUACCACUCUUUCUUUUGAAACUGUUAUUGAUGGCCUUCUAAAAUUUGGUAAGUUGCCUAUGGCGUUAAGCCUGUUGGAAGACGUGAAUCGGAUAGGGUGUAAAGCAAAUGUUAGAAUCUACAAUAAUGUAAUUCAUGAACUGUGCAAAUCAAAUAAAUUGGAGGAAAGUUUUAAACUUCUGAGAGAGAUGGAGCAAUCUGGAAUUGAACCCACACAUUUUACCCAUAACUCAAUAUUUGGUUGCCUCUGUAGAAGAGAGGAUGUUCAAGGAAGCCUUAACCUUUUGAAGGAGAUGCGUGUUUGUGGACAUCAGCCAUGGGAAAAACAUUCCAGCUUGCUCGUGAAGCAGUUGUGCCAACACGGGAAGGCAGCUGAAGCUUGUCAUUUUCUUGAUAAAAUGGUUGAAGUGAAUUUUCUCCCUGGUCUAGUUUCCUAUUCUACGGUUAUUCAUGGAUUGCUCAAAAAUCAAGAAGUAGAUCAAGCUUUACGGCUAUUUCAGGACAUCUGUGCUGAUGGUUAUUGUCCUGAUGCGGUUUUCUAUAACAUAUUGAUAAAUGGGCUAUGUAAGGCCAAAAGAGUUUCGGAAGCAGAAAACUUUCUGAUUGAGAUGGUGAUGAAGGGUCUUGUUCCCUCAGUUGUAACCUGCAAUCUGCUGAUAAAUGGGUAUUGUAAAAAUGGUGAUGUAGAUAAAGCCAUGACUUGCCUCUCCAGGAUCUUUGGUGAACAUAGAGAACCUAACGUGAUUACAUACACAACAGUAAUAGAUGGAUUAUGCAAGGCUGGAAGGAUUGAUGAUGCUCUUGUGCUUUGGAACGACAUGGCAAAGAAAGGAUGUGCUCCAAACAGAAUUACUUUUAUGGCUCUUAUCAAUGGUCUCUGCGAGUGUGGUAAGCCUGUUGAGGCUUUAGCUUAUCUUCAUGAGAUGGAAGAGAAGGAAAUGAAACCCGAGAUACCUGUAUAUUCAGCAGUAAUAAGUGCUUUAGUCUCUAACCAAAACCUUCCUCCUGCCACUUGA